AGCCGCGUCCGGACCCGGUGCCGACGGGGCAGGAGCUCCCAGCCUCCUCCGCUCGUGGGCCGAGGGUUGGGGUCUCCACGGCCCCAGCCCCCCGGAGGUGCCGAGGUCAGGCCUGAGCUGCUGGGCGUUGGGUGCGGGGCGACCUGCAGCCAGCCUGCAGGUCUCAGGGAGGGGCAGGAGGAAGCCUGCUCGGCCACCUCGUGUCCUGUAUCAGGUGCCAAGUCGCUUCACACGCAGGCCAGCAGCAUGGAGUGCCUCUUCCCCACCCCACCCUGGGUGAUCUACAGCAGUGACCUGCAGGACAACCUCGUGAGCCCCAACCACAGUUUGCUGCCCCCUGACCUGCUACUCAAUGUCAGCCAUGGGGCCUUCCUGCCCCUUGGGCUCAAGGUCACGAUUGUGGGGCUCUACUUGGCUGUGUGCAUCGGGGGGCUGCUGGGGAACUGCCUCGUCAUGUAUGUCAUCCUCAGACACACCAAGAUGAAGACAGCUACCAACAUUUACAUCUUUAACCUGGCCCUGGCAGAUACCUUGGUGCUGCUGACACUGCCCUUCCAGGGCACAGAUGUCCUCCUGGGCUUCUGGCCGUUUGGGAAUGCUCUGUGCAAGAUAGUCAUUGCCAUCGACUAUUACAACAUGUUCACCAGCACCUUCACGCUGACCGCCAUGAGCGUGGACCGCUAUGUAGCCAUUUGCCACCCCAUCCGCGCGCUCGAUGUCCGGACGUCCAGCAAGGCCCAGGCUGUCAAUGUGGCCAUCUGGGCCCUGGCCUCUGUCAUCGGCAUCCCCGUGGCCAUCAUGGGCUCAGCACAGGUUGAGGAUGAAGAGAUCGAGUGCCUGGUGGAGAUCCCCACCCCGCAGGACUACUGGGGCCCCCUGUUUGCUGUCUGUGUCUUCCUCUUCUCCUUCAUCAUCCCAGUGCUCAUCAUCUCGGUCUGCUACAGCCUCAUGAUCCGGCGGCUGCGAGGCGUCCGCCUGCUCUCGGGCUCCCGAGAGAAAGACCGGAACCUGCGGCGCAUCACGCGGCUGGUGCUGGUGGUGGUGGCCGUGUUCGUGGGCUGCUGGACGCCUGUCCAGGUCUUCGUGCUGGUCCAAGGGCUGGGGGUCCAGCCGGGCAGCGAGACGGCGGUGGCCGUCCUGCGUUUCUGCACGGCCCUCGGCUAUGUCAACAGCUGCCUGAACCCCGUGCUCUACGCCUUCCUAGACGAGAACUUCAAGGCCUGCUUCCGCAGGUUCUGCUGCGCGCCCGGCCUGCGCCGCGAGGGCCCGCCACCCGGCCUGCGCCGCGUGGCCAGGGAUGUGGCCCUCGCCCGCAGGACCUCCGAGACAGUGCCGCGGCCGGCAUGACUAGGCGUGGACCUGCCCAUGGCGCCUGUCAGCCCACAGAGCCCAUCGACGCCCAACACGGAGCUCACCCAGGUCACUGCUCUCUAGGCUGACGCACAACCUGAGCCCUGAGCGUCACCAGCCUCUGGAGGCUUUCCUGUGGCCCAGAGGCCUGGUGACGUCAUGCGACAGGUCAGAGCUUCAGGGCUGCCCGUGGCCCGAGUCACACCAAUCCUGUCCUGGUGCAGGGUGUGAGUGUGCAUGAGCUCACCACUGAGUGUGCCUGGCCACAGCUCCUGCAGACACACCCACGGUUCAUGGGACUCCAUGGCCGCUCAGCUGCACCCUGCGUGCUCCGGGCGGCACACACCUGGCCGUGUACAGCAGUGUGUACAGCCGUGUGUCCCUGUGCUGUGCUGUCUGCAUGAGGGCAGUGGGACUUGCCCUUAGCUGGGAGCUGCUGACAUGGACUUGCCUGAGCCUCACUCUGGUGCCGCCUCAUUGCCCCCCACUUCUGCUUCCUUCCAGCCACUCCUCAGGGAGCCUUUUCCCUCCAGAAGAGCAGUGAACUCUUGUGCUGCAGACGUGGCCAAGUGUGUGGGGCUGGCUGGGGUGGGCGCGGGGAGACGGCAGGAUGACUGUAAGCUGCUCUGUCCGUCAUUUGCGAAGCAGCCCUGUGCAUCUGUUCUUGAUUGCUUGAUGCCAGGGGUUCCCGCCUGGGGGUCCCUGUGCCCGCCUGGGGCUCUCUCCCUCACAGUCUCUCCUUUGCUUGAAAUCAGAGGUCAGCAACUGUGCUGCUGGCAGGAUACUGUGCCCUCUUUAGGUCUUGGUGGUCUUGAGAGGGUGGCAGUUGGGAUGGGUUUUGCUCUGCACCUGCAGUGACUGACUCUCUGCUUCAUUUCCAAGCCUCCAGGUGUCUACAGGGGAGGCCUGAGCUUCCGGUGCCAAAUCAGAGGACAGUCUCACCUUUGGAGCUGGGGUGUGAGGUGGGGCUCAGCGGGGCCUGCUUGAGUGAAGCUGUGAGAGCCAUCUGGGCUGCGGGACACUAGUGGGGGCGUCUCCCUGCUGUGGUCACAGGAGAAGUGCCCCCACCCCACCCAUUCUGCAGAUGGAAGCUGUAGCUUGGUGACUUUGCAAAUAGUCCUCCUGCAAGGUUGAAAAGACUAUUCUGCUUCCACCUGUGAGCUGAGCUGCAGCCCUGGGCCAGGUGACCUUAAGCACCUGUAAAGAACAGGAAAUGCUGACUCUGGCUGGCUUCUGCUUCAGGAGCCCUGACCCUGUGGGGUUGACUUGGAAGCUCUGAGGACCCAGCCACCAUGGCUGCGCUUUCUUGCCAAGACUGAGAGAUUCGUGGAUUUGUGCCUGUGCGCCCUGUCUCUCCAUGUAUUUAUGCAUGUGACAGUGUGAUCACCCUGCAUGCAACCACCCUGAACCUGUAUCUAGGGCUCAAGAGAAGGCUCAUAUUAAACCCCUGCCCACUGAUCAGGGCAUACUCCUCACAA